AUGACCUCGCACGCUUCACCACGUCUUCACCAAUGCUUCACCACGCCUCGUCAGACCUUGCCACACCUCUCCACGCCUCGUCAUGACACACAACCCACUAGCACGCUCGCCACGCACUCGUCACGCCUCGUGCGCCACGACUCAAUAACUACUUCUGACAUGCGCUGCGCGGGCUGCCGUUCGGUGCGGGACAGGCUGACGCACCCGGUGCACGUGUACGAGGGCGACGACGCGCUGGUGACGUGCGUGGUGCGCGACGCCGGCGACAACACGGUGCUGUGGAAGAAGGAGGACCGCGAGCGGCACUCGCUGCGCGUGCUCACCGCGGGCGAGGCGCGCGUCACCGCCGACCGCCGCUUCGACGUGCUGCACGACGCGGGAGGUGACGUGUGGGUGCUCGUUAUCAAGGAGACAAAGGCGGCCGAUGCAGGCAUAUAUGUGUGUGAAGUAAACAGCAAUCCAGUGGUUCGUUCCUUCCAUAAACUCAGCGUGCUGUCGCGGGCGCUGCAACCGCCCCCGGAGAACGGCACGGGCGGCGCGGGGCUGCUGGGCGCCGGCGCCAGCGACGCGGCGCGCUCCGCCGCGCAGCGCCACAACUACACGGCGUGCUGCGCCGCGCGCAACGUGUCGGCGGCGUGCUUCGGCUUCUGCGCCGUGCAGAGCAUCCUGCAGGGCAACACGGGCCAGGACCCCGAGCGCUGCGAGAAGGACUUCCCGGACAUCGUGCGCUGCAUGGCA